AUGGCUGUAGGAAGGAACAACACUUCUGUGACCAAGUUUAUCUUGCUGGGUUUUACAGAUAAUCCCCAAAUGAAGGUUUUCCUAUUUGCAUUAUUUCUGGGGAUCUACUUCCUAACCCUAAUUUGGAACCUGACCCUCAUCGCUUUGAUCAGGAUGGACCCCCACCUUCACACUCCCAUGUACUUCUUCCUCAGAAACUUGUCCUUCAUAGACAUCUGCUAUGUCUCCUCCACCACCCCCAAGAUGCUCUCUGUCAUCAUCACAGAGCAGAAAACCAUUUCCUUGCUUGGCUGUGCCAUGCAGUACUUCGUGUUCUGUGGCAUGGGGCUGACUGAAUGCUUUCUCUUGGCCGCCAUGGCUUACGACCGGUAUGCUGCCAUCUGCAACCCGCUGCUUUACACUGCUCUCAUUUCCCACACACUUUGUUUAAAGAUGGUGGCAGGUGCCUAUGUGGGCGGAUUCCUUAGUUCUCUGGUUGAAACCUGCUCCAUCUAUCAGAAUGACUUCUGUGGGCCCAACGUGAUCAACCACUUCUUUUGCGAUCUUCCUCCAAUCUUGGCUUUGUCCUGUUCGGACACCUUCACUAGUCAGGUGUUGUGCUUCAUUCUGGGUUGUAUCGAUGGAGUGGUGUCUGUGCUUAUCAUCCUCAUCUCGUAUGGCUACAUUGUGGCUGCUGUCCUGAAGAUCAGCUCAGCUGAAGGUAGGACCAAGGCCUUCAGCACCUGUGCCUCUCAUCUGACCACCGUGACCCUCUUCUAUGGCUCUGGUCUCUUCAUGUACAUGCGGCCUCGUUCCAGCUACUCCUUGAACCGGGACAAGGUGGUGUCCAUUUUCUAUGCGGUGGUGAUCCCUAUGAUGAAUCCUGUCAUCUACAGUCUUAGGAAUAAGGAGAUUAAAAAUGCCAUAAGGAAAGUUAUGGAAAGGGACCACGUGUUCAUUCCUGGACUUUCAUGUUUCUGA